CAAUCACCAGGCAUCGACUUGUACAUAACAUAGAGCUUCACCCUCACUUCGACCCCGACAUUUCAUCGUUUGCUCCCACAGUAAAGAUGUCAUUCGAUCAAUUAUCGUCGCUGGAAUCCCAGCCCACCACUAUGCGAAGGCAGGAUGACCCGCAGUACUCGGACGAUCCAGAGUUCCAGCGCCUGUCACAGCAGCUUAUGACCAAGCUCUUCACCUUGACCGGCAAUAUCUCGCGGUUGUCGAACGAGAUCGCAUUGCUGGGCACAAAGAGGGAUACCGAGCGGGUGCGGGAGAGAGUUCACAACCUACUAGAAGAAUCGAAAGAUGCUUUCAAGGAGGUUGGUGAGGGGGUCAAGAAGAUACAAUCAUGGGAGGACGUCAGCCCAUCUCAGAAAUAUACCCAACAGAAGCUUGCCCGCGAGUUCCAGAACAACCUGCAAGAAUUCCAAUCAGUGCAACGCCAAGCUCUCGAGAAGCAAAGGUCAUCUGCAUCGGCUGCUCGAACGGCACUUGAGGAACAACAGUCGCCUGGGGCAGAGGAAAGCAAUACGUAUGGGCAACAGCAGUCGCAAGAGCAGCUUCGACUUGCCUCGCAGGACGAGGUGGACUUUCAAGACUCCCUGAUUGUAGAGCGUGAGGCUGAGAUCCGAAACAUCGAGCAAGGCGUGACCGAGCUGAACGAGCUCUUCCGAGAUGUCGCACACAUAGUCAACGAACAAGGAGAGCUUCUUGACAAUAUCCAUGAGAACGUGGAGAAUACACGAACGGAUACUAGAGGGGCGGACCUAGAACUGAGGAGCGCGGCGAGAUACCAGAGGCAAGCAAGAUCAAAAGCAUGCUGCUUGUUGUUGAUCUUGGCAGUCAUCUUGACCGUCAUUAUUCUAGCUGCAACUUUGGGGUAGAGCAUUCACAACGAAGUCAUGACUAUGAAGACGAGAGCGUGUACAGUAUUGUUCUUACGAGGCGUUGAGCAUUGCACAUGGCCUUUGAUUCAAGUGUUAUUCAUCUUUUACACUACGACGGUCCAUUAAGAAUAUUUGGUGGAGGUUUCUAGGUUCGUUUUGUACGGCUCUAGCAGGAACUAAUUAUGAAGACUUCAAACUUCUUAUUGGGGUUUUCAGAAUUGGGCCUAUAAGUUGAUAACUUGAAAGGAGCUUCAGGGAAUCCGUGAUAUACCAUAUUCAGAUCUUAUGUACUUGAGGUUCAACAGAGCGUCGGUCCAUAGUAAAGUAUCCUUUGACUCGGUUCUGGUGAUAAUUCAAACGAAGGCAUUGACCAGGUUCUUCAGCACUAUUACUUAUAGAGAUUCUGGCGGAGAAAUCCACAAUAACCUGUAUUAACAAAC